GGCCAACUCCACGCUGCUGGUUUUUUUCUCUAAAUUCCUCUGACUCAGCAGGUGUCCCCGCCCCUAGGGGACUCGUCCCUCCCACUCUGUCUCAGGCUGCCUUCCACACAACUCCAGCUGUCAGGCUGCCCUGGACCCGCUCUGCACAGCCUCCCCACAUGCUCGCUGCCAGCCUAGACCAGAACUGGGUCUAGGAGGACGCUGCACCUCGGAAUCUGACCCCCACCCUGGGUUCUGAAACCUUGGGAUACAAGUUAUCUUGUGUUUGGAGCAAAAAGGUAGAUGCACGUAGUUAGUAUAACAAAAGUUAUAUUUUAUUAUGCUGAGGGUCUUCACACAAGGUUCACAAUCAAGGCUGAUCACCUGUGCGACGUGUAUCUUAGCUGAAGGUCAGGUCCAGUCUCUAACAAAAGUCUCUGAUUAGAGCGUCAGGAUCCUAGGGAGACUCUCCAGACUCUGGGCAGAUCAAGGUGGCCUCUCUCCAGAUGUGCAGAGCAGAGCAUUGCUCUUGGUCUCUGCUUAAAUACUGUCCAGUGGGCGUCAUGGGGUCUAGGACUGUGUCUAGUUGGUUAUCUUGAGUGAGUGAUGUCACUAAGUUCUGGAUGUCAAGUGCACCCUUGGGUGUAGUGGGGAUCCUUACUAAGCUAUUUUUACAUUUCUAAAAGGCAUUUUUUUUUUUAAAAAAAAACCUAUGCUCAUUACAUCCUGCCUAACUUCUCAUCUUGGAAUAACAGCCUCCUGGGUUAAAAAUGCACAGCAAAAGACAACAAACACCCUGAAGUCUGAGGCUCAGGUUCCACACUCCCAAAACAAAUUAAAACUAAGAUAAAACGCCCUUGGCUCAAAGCACAAACCAUAUCUGUAUCCCCUAAGGAGAGAAAGUUAAAUAAUAUCUAAUAUACAGAACUCAAAAACCAGAGUCAUGUUUAACAUGGCCAAACCUGUAAAUCAUGUGAUUCGACUCAAAGAGGACAGGAACAAAAUGAUUCGAGGACAAGAAAACACUAGCAAAUACCUGAAGGAAAUGAGGACAAUGUAGGAUAUGAAAAACGAAUUUAAUAAGUAGUUAGAAACACCGAGAAAAAAAAUCAAAACUGAAAGGAAACAAAUGAAAACUGCAAUAAGCCAAUUAAUAGCUCAAAGAGAUCCCUCAGGUAGGAGAGAGAAUAUCAGGCUUGAAGAUAAGGUAGAAGAGCUGGAUGAUUCAGUUAAAGAAAAUAAUGAAUUAAAAUAAAAAUGCUCCAUGUAGAUAGCACUAGCUAAAGGUAAAAGUGAAGUUUCAGGUGCACAUUCUACACUUAUUUGAAAUAUUCUGAAUUUUACACACAGUACCUUAGUCUGGAGAGCUUUACUGGAGAGCUGGAUAAUCAUUACCAUCACUACACAAAUGAAGUGACACUAAAAAGCCAUCUUUAUCCCUCACAGACCUCCAUUAUUGCCAGACAAACAUCUGGAAUUAUUAGCAAUGUUGACUUGGGAGAAGACAAUUCAGUAACUCAGGAUUUAGAAAAGAAAUAGGUGUCUUAGGAAGUCAGUGGUCAGUCAGCCUGUUAAUAGCCUAAUAAUGAAUUCAUCCUAUGCUGUCACAUGGUGAUAUUGUGGUUGUGUUAACUCAGAAACAAGUUUGUCUUCUGGGAAGCAUACUGAAGGUGUUUUUAUGGAAAACAUAGAAAAUUCAAUUUUAAAACUAAGUGGUGAAUGUAGAAGCUUCUGGCUAAGCAAGAUGCAGAAAAUAAGUGACAUAAAUGGGUGCAACCCUAAACAAGUCAGUUGCACCAUGCCAUCUAUGGCCCUGGGAAUAUUGAGGAACAGGUGGUGGAAAGGAAAUAAGAAAAGAAAGAUGAGGAAUGGCCAUGACCUGCCAUUCUCCAUACUCCAGAAACUCAUAUCAGUAGGUCAGAGCAACUGUUCUUGCUUGUACUGGGCUCAGUCAAGGCCAGCCCUGGACACAAUCAGUCUAGGAAGGGGAGAGGCUCAUAGGUCUCCACCCUUUACCUCUCAAUUGUGACUAUGGAUAGACUUUAGAAGAAGGGGAAUCACUGUCUUUAGGUGUGUCUCUUCUGAUGAAUCCACCGGCUCCAUCACAUAGCUCCAAGCUCACAGUUUCACAUACGGCCCCAGUUAAUCUUAGUGGAUCAAAAAACAUAAUGAAUAGAAAUGAACAUGAGAGAGAGUUAUGGAAAAUAGGGAGACAGAGAGAGACGGGGAAAUAGAAGGAGGAAGAUAGAGAGAAGGAUGUGUAUGGGCCAAGAUUGUAGGCAGUAGGGAUCAAAGUGUAAACUAAGCAAGGUAUAUCAUGUAAAAUGGAAAAAAGAUAAUAAUUAAAGUUAAAAUCUUUCAUUUUGCCUCUUUAUCAGGUUUGAUAUCAGGUAAUAUUGAUUUCAUCAAAAAUCUGGAAGCCUUACCUUCAUUUUACAUCAAGGAGUAUUUUAAGUAGCAUCUCUGAAAUUCUGACAUAAUUCUGUGAUGAAUCAAUCUGCUUCUAGGCUUCUCUUUUUAAUCAGGGUGUAUUUAUUCCUGCUUCAUUGUUGUUGCUGCUUAUAUUUAGUUCAUGUUGGUGUAAUUUGGGUGUGUGGUAUAAAUCAGGAGAUUUGAUCAUUUCUUUUAGCGUCCCUAAUUUAGUUCGAUGAGGUCUUUAGAGUCAGCAGGCACCAGAUAUGCUUGUACACUCCUGUCUCGUGAUUGGGCUAUGCAGUUAGCUUGAGUACUUCCCAGGUCAUGUUGACAAUAAGUCCCAUAUACAUUGCUAUCAAAGAGAUGCAGACUAAAUCUCCUUUAAGAUUCCAUCUCACCACAGUCAAAAUGCUAUCACCAGGAUUUAUAACAACUUGUGACAUGAAUGUGGGGAAAGGGACACUGUUGUACACUGCUUGUGGGAGUGUAAACUAGAGAAGACACUUUAGAAAGGAUUCUAUAUUUUUCUUAAAAACACUAGAAAUAGAACUAUCCUACAUACUAUACUGUUUAGCUAUUUAUCCACAGAUGCUCUUAUGAUUGUUGCCUACAGUUCUCUGUGUACACCCAUGCCCAUCUGCAUAGGCUGAGAAAAAGAGACUCCAGAAUUAUUCAAGCACCUUCAGAGUCUAGGUAAGAAUAUAUUUGUCAUGAUUAUAAUCAGGGCCAGAUUUCUCUGGUGUGUUCUGAGGUUUAGGCUGUGCUGUGAUGAUCAUGACAGGUAAAUAGGCAUCCCAGCUUUGCAGGGAGGUUAGAACACAGAAAUACAAACGCAGAGCUAGGGGUCUGUCCUUAAAGAAUAGGGUUCUGAGCUCAUGGGCACCUUUCAGGUGACAGAACAGCUCGUUUCACAUUGUGGUGAGUUCUAUUGUUUCUCUCCAUAUGGGAAAAGAAUGAUGUCACCAGCUAAUAGAUUCUGCAUAUGUGCAUGGAUUAAACACAUUAGUGAUUAACUCCAUGUCACAAAUAAUCCUAGCUGAGUCAAGGAAAGAAAUGAAAGCAUUUUCCAUUGGAGUAAUUUAACUAAGAGCAAGUCCAGAUUUGAAUUCUCUACUUGAAGUUCCCUGUCCCUUCCAUCCCCCAGUUCUCUGUUCCAUGAGUUUUAAUCUCUUCCUGCCCGAAGGCUGUCUUGUAAAUCUAUCCCUGUGUGUUUGGUUGCUGUCUGUCUGUCUCUGUGUGUGUUUGUCUGUGUGUCUGUGUACACUGUAUGUAUCUGUCUGUCCAUAACAAAGUGUUUUUCUGUUUUUUAUUGAAUAGUAUAGUGCUACAAGCCACAAAAAUAUAUAAAGUGGGAUUUCAGCUGAUUAUGACAAAGCUAACACCUGGAAGAAGCCAAGGGCCUUCCAGAGGUCAAGCUGAGGCUCAAGGAGUAUUGGUGAUAUUGUCUUUUGAUUAUUAGCUGUUUCUUGCUAUGAAUUUCUCAUGUGCUAUUGUAGCUUUUCCAUCAUUUAUUGGGCACCAUUUCUCUUCUACUAAAGGAAUAUUUAGAUAACCUGUACUAACAGUUAUGCACAGCCAGAAGCCCAGUUUAAGCCUCCCUGUGAUUAUCGUCAUUGGCAGCAGCCAGCCAGGGCCAUCCCCAGACAGAGGAAAGUUCCUUAUCUGAGAUACCUAUGUACUGUCUAAGAAGAGACUUAAGCAUCCAGACUACCUGUUUGAGAAGGCCUGGUGGAUGUGCUAAUUUAGCUUAACUUUCUCCUUUUCAAAGUCUUAUCUCUGGUUUUAGAACCACCCUUAACAAUUAACUCAGAACUGAGGGUUUCAACUUACAGGUACAUCUAGCUGUGAUGGAAGUUGCCUAGCCAAGUUGCCUAGCGACCGAGCACACUUGCCAGAAACGGUGGGAGCAGAGAUAGCUUGGAGAGAUAAGAAUCAAAUCGAUAAAAAGUCAGUUUUAUUUUCAGAAUGGAGGGAGACCGAGAAGAGAGAAAACAGGAGAACUCAAUGGAGAACUUGAGGAUGAGAUGGAAGAUGAGGAAGAGCCAGAUGGGGAAGUACUAGAUGGGUAAGAAAGAGAUAAGAAGGACUAAGAUGAGAAAAUUAAGAUAGAACUUAGAGGGGACAGUAGAUAAAUAUAGAGAGAAAUCAGGCAAGAAAAGAGCUAGGAGUGAAAACAGAACUGAAGCUAUUUAGAUAGGAUUUUAUCCCAGAGGAAUAAAAUAGAUGGACAAAGAGUUUGCUGUACUUAGAUUCUUUUCCCGAAAAUAAUUCUCACCAUUAAUAGUUUCUCUUCUGAGCCCCUGGAAAGUAUAUUAUUAAGGCUGGUCCUAUAAUAAUAUACAAGAGUAUAGAAAGCAUCACAUGAGGUAGGUAUGAGAAAUUCUUAACGGACAUUAAAUCCUCUGGAACUAGAAUUGUGGAUGGUUACAAAGCAACAUAUGAGUGCUAUGAACUGACUUCCAGUCCUCUGCAAGAGCAUAAAGCGUUCUUUGUUGCUGAGCCAUCUCUCCAGCCCCCAGGUAACAUUAUCAAAACAGGAGUUUUAAAGGUUUGCAUAGUCUCAAUAUAUGACAUUCCCAGAAAAAAAAAUUGACAUUACACUGAUCUUGAAUGUAUUUACUGGAGAAGCAGCCAUUUCUCCUGUUUCUCUGCUCUGAGAUUGUGUCUCAGAAAGAAUGACUGGACCUCUUCUUGCCUUUUCAAAUCCAAGUGUCAAAAAUGCACAUAUAAACUACAUUGAUAUUAACAACAGAUACUGGAGACAAAACAAGAGCAAUAACAUAUACCCACAGUAUUAGUAAGAAUCCAACUAACCACACCCACAGUGCAACUCAGGAUGGAGUAUUGGUUAUUAAGGCCACUCCACGUGGUUAAAAGGGAGGUUUAUUUUCUGGGGUAACUUACAAGUGAAGGGAUAGGCUACAGGGUCUGGGAAAGGUGUAGCACAGGCCAGCGGUGUUUUCUGGAGAAUCUGCUCGGUCUACCUCCAGUGUCUAGGGUCCAGGAACCAAGAUAGUCAGCCCAUCCGGAUCUCGGGUCUUCAGGAUCCUCUCUUAGCCCUGACUUGUAGGCGUGACUGUUACCAAAAAGCCUAAAUGGGGGUUUGAACUUCCAGAUCAAAGCUGGAAUGGCUACACACUACAAUGGAGCUUCUUGAAAAAUAAAACAAAUUAAAAAAAAUGAGACUGGAUGUAAGAGACAGGACCAGGUGGAGCUCUGUGUGUUGGAGGCCAUCUUGGUGUGCUUGAAGAGUUGCAAGCCAGCUAAGGCUAAAAAAGUGAAAAUAAUUAAAGCAUAUAUUUCCCACAAGACAUUCACUUCAAAACUGACAUAAAGCACUGAGAGUGAAGGAUUUUAAGUGACAAAAAGAUUUGCCUUGUAAAUUUAUUUCGGGGGUUCUUAGAGGGACACUACAUUUAAUAGUAAACUUUUCACACUUCAGCACUGAAACUGUCACUGUGUCAAAGCACCAGGGACAGCUGCAUGACCACACAGAGCCUCAGUGAGGAAGAUGAUGAAUAAAGCAACCAUCAAACAGAUGACACCCGUGGCCUCAGACAGGGAAAAGCCCAGGACAGAACAGAAGGGCUACUUCUUGGGAGAUGGUUUCCUGGCAUAGCCAAUAACCAAGCUGCCAACACCACAUCAAUGCCAACCCCUGAUCCCUGAUGCAGCCAUUACACUGCUCAAGUACCAAUACACUGUGCUAUGAUGUGGGUUUCCCAAGAGGACACACUGGUCUGGAAAUCCCAUCUGACCUGCUGGAGAAGGGAAAUGCGGGGGUGGUGGUGGGGUCUGUUGAGAUGGGCCUGUGGUCAACAAGGAAGCCAGGCAGACACCAGCCUGUUUAGAUCACUGGAAAGAAGAGGAUUAGAACUGGAGAAAUAAGAACUAUCUUGGUGGUCUGCAUUAUUUCAAUCUCGAGGAUUUAGCCCUUAUCACUUCACCUCUUAAGGACACUAAAUGUUGAGUGUGAAGGAAAGUUUUAAAAGAUACUUCAUGAAUGUGGGUAGCAAUAAAGAAGAUGGAUGGGCACAAUUAUGGAAGAUAACAGACAAUCCAAUACAAAACUCUGUAAAAAACAAAAAGAAUACUGACCAAUGAUAAAAUGUACCAAGGAUGAUGAUGAAAUGUUUGCUAGAAGGCUAUAUUAUCAGCGUGGGUUCAUUUUACUCAACAGUUUCCAAACACAAGACACAAUCACUAGUAGAGUGGUAGGGAGAAAAUAGACAGAAAUGCUGGGAAACUUCAAUGUCUAACACUUAGUUACAGAUAAUGAAAUCAAACAGCAUGGUGGACUUCGAAAACUAAAUAAGUGCCCCAGGCUGGAGGGUUUAGGGUGCACUUAACCAGAAGCUGGGGUGUAUUGGGCGGGGCCAGGCGGCGCCUAUCCAAGGAACCAAUAAGAAGUGACAGGAAAUACCACCAUUCCCUGUUGGACUGCGUGGUCCGGAAGUCCACGAGGAAGACCCGGCCGGGUAUUGGGGACCUGAAAUCUCCGCGGAGCCGCAGUCGCCGCGCGGGGCGGCCUGGGAAAGUCACCAGUCAGCAGCGCAGUGGCGGGAACCGCAGCCCGGCGGCCCUGGAACCUCCCAGAAAACUCAGAGAAAAGCAAUAAGAAGAAUGAAUUCUCUGAUAAAUGCUCCCCAGGGUCUGUUAUCAUUCAGGAAUGUGGAUGUGGACUUCUCAAAGGAGGAAUGGGAAUAUCUAGACUGUGCUCAGAGGGCAUUGUACAUGGAUGUGAUGUUAGAGAAUUACAACAAUCUAGUCUUUGUGGUACUGGCCCAGCAUGAUUUGAAUCCUAGCACUUUGGAUACUGAUGCAAGAGUAUAUGAGUACCAUCGUAUAUGUGAUAAAUAUGGGAAGGUCUUGGAUCAAAGCACAAAACAUAUUGUCCAUGAGCAUGUGAAUAUCCAAGAGAAGGCUUAUAAAUGUAAUGAUCUGGACAAAAUGGUUCAUGAACUCUCCCUGUGUGCACCACAUGACACAAGUGAUACUACAGAAAAUUGCAACAAGUACAGAUUCGCUACCCACAGUCACGCCUCUGUUGAAUCAUCAAACAUAAACAGACAUAAAAGUGGGAAGACUGGAGAAGAACACUGCAAAUAUAAAGACUGUAUAACCUGUUUAAAUUUCUGUUCCAUGGUUAUUCAAAAUCAAAGAAUCCAUACCAAAAAUAAAGAACACAAAAGUACAAAGUAUGAUGAAGUAUUUGACGCUAAACACAUGCUGAAACAAACAGGAGAGAAACCUUACAAAUGUAGUGAAUGUGACAAAUGCUUUAUCGAUGGUACACAUCUUAGAAGACAUCAGGUAGUUCAUACAAGAGUUAAGCCUUACACAUGUAGUGAAUGUAACAAAUCCUUUACCCAAAAAUACAGUCUUAGAACUCAUCAGAGAAUACAUACAGGAGAGAAACCUUACAAAUGUAGUGAAUGUGAGAAAUCUUUUUUCAUGAAAGACCAUCUUAGAACUCAUCAGAGAAUCCAUACAGGAGAGAAACCUUACAAGUGUAGUGAAUGUGACAAAUCCUUUACCCAGAAAUCCAGUCUUAGAACUCAUCAGAGAAUUCAUUCAGGAGAGAAGCCUUACAAAUGUACUGAAUGUGACAAAUCCUUUAGCCUGAAACGCAAUCUUACAUUUCAUCAGAAAAUACAUACAGGGGAGAAACCUUACAAAUGUUCUGAAUGUGACAAGUCCUUUACCAUGAAAGAGUUUCUUAGAAUUCAUGAGAGAAUUCAUACAGGAGAGAAACCUUACAGGUGUAGUGAAUGUGCCAAAUCCUUUACCCAGAAAUCCGGUCUUAGAAUUCAUCAGAGAAUUCAUUCAGGAGAGAAGCCUUACAAAUGUACUGAAUGUGACAAAUCCUUUACCCUGAAAAACAGUCUUAGAACUCAUCAGAAAAUACAUACAGGGGAGAAACCUUACAAAUGUUCUGAAUGUGACAAAUCCUUUAGGAGGGCCUCAUCUCUUAGAAUACAUCAGAGAAUUCAUUCAGGAGAAAAGCCUUUCAAAUGUAGUGACUGUUUCAAAUCCUUUGCCGAGAAACGCUGUCUUACAACUCAUCAGAGAAUACAUACAGGAGAGAAACCUUACAAAUGUAGUGAAUGUGACAAAUUCUUUUCUAAGAAUUUCAGUCUUAAAACUCAUCAGAGAAUUCAUACAGGAGAGGAAGCUUACACGUGUAGUCAAUGUGACAGAUCUUUUACUGAGAGAAGCAGUCUUAGAAUUCAUCAGAGAAUCCACACAGGAGAGAAACCUUACAAGUGUACUGAAUGUGACAAAUCCUUUACCCAUAAAUUCAGUCUUAGAACUCAUCAGAGAAUUCAUUCAGGAGAGAAGCCUUACAUAUGUACUGAAUGUGACAAAUCCUUUACCCUUAAAGGCAGUCUUAGAAUUCAUCAGAGAAUCCAUACAGGAGAGAAACCUUACAAAUGUAGUGAAUGUGAUAAAUCCUUUAGGAGUGCCUCAUCUCUUAGAGCACAUCAGAAAAUUCAUUCAGGAGAAAAGCCUUACAAAUGUAGUCAAUGUGAGAAAUCUUUUAAUCAGAAAACCAACCUUAGAAAACAUCAAAAAAUUCAUAUAGAAAAGCCCUGCAACUGUAAUGUAUAUCAAACUGACAAGCACAUUUCUAAGAAAGCUAAUCUUAGAAUACACCAGAGUAUUCAUACGAAAGAACUCUUUUAAAUAUUGUUUAUGUAUAAAUCCUCAUCUCUGAGAAGACAUCAGAGAAUACACAGAAGAGUGAAAACAUACCAAUUUAUCAAAUGUGAGAAAUCAUUUAUUUACUGUUUGCUCAUCUCUUAGAACAUAUCAGAGAAUUUAUACAGAAGAAAAACUUUACAAAUUGAGUCAAUGUGAGAAAUCGUUUAUCUAUAACACCAGCUUUGGAAGACAUCAAAGAUUCAUACAAAGAAGAAGCUUUAUAAAUGUAAAGUAUGGAGAAAAGCCUUUACCUGCCUCUCACAUCUAAGUAAACAUUCGAACAUUCACAUUGGGGAGAAAAGUUUUCAUAGGAAAUAAUAUGGCAUUUGUUUUAUCCAAGCUCUAUUCUUAGCAACACUCAAGGCUCCACAUGACAGAAUCAUUAUGAACUUGAGAAACUUGUGAAAUACUUAUGUACUCUUCAAAUCUUAGAAAACAUUAAGAGUUUAUGCUGAGGAAAUUCUGAAAAUGUGACAAUGUAGGAACUUUUUCAUUAAAGUUUUUACUUGUGCAGCCACAAAUCCUUCAUAAUGAAGACAAAAUGGAGAUGCCUGAAAAAGGUGAUGUUGCUUAACAGGUUCCUGGACACUGAAAUGAUCCAUUCUGAAGGGAAGCUGAUUUAGCAAGGAAGUACACCACAAUAAUAGCUUUAAGAAAUCCCAGAAACUGACAGGAUUCAGUAUCCCAAACUCAAAUGGAGAAAGUCAGACAAAUCAUGCCACUUAUAAGAGGAUUUUGCAAACUGAGUCACCAAGAUAGUAUGCUAUGCUCUCCCACAUGCAGAUCUGCAAUAUUCUUCAGAUGUCCAGUAUUCUUAAGCUGUAUCAAUGCAGGUUUCAAGCUUCACAAUAGUGACUGUUUGAGUCCCUUGUCCCAUAUUCCUUUCAGUAACUCCAAUAAAGGUCAUUGGUUCAUCAAAUUGGACUCUGUUCUGUUUUCAGUUCCCAAAUGGGGUGAGUAGGCAGAUACAUAAGUUGAAUCUCCCUAGCCAAAGUAUUUCAUAAAACAUUUGUUGAACCCAUUAAUAUUUCCUGCAAUGCUGUAAAUAGAAUAUUGAUAUUAAAGCAGCAGUUCUAAACCUGUAGUUUGUGACCCCUGGCUGGGUCAAAUUACUUUCACUGGGGUUCCUUAAGACCAUAGCAAAAUGUAUUUCCAAUGGUCUUAGCAACUGAGAUACUGCUUCUCUAUCCAUUUACAGGCAGUUCUGCCCACAUGCAGAUAGACAUACAUACAAGUACCUGGAACUGUAUUAAAGAAUUGCAGCAUUAAGAAAGUUAGAGUCACUGUAUUAGAGCAAAGACUUUUGAGUUAGCUAAGGUAGGGAAGAUUGUGCUCAAAGCUCGGGGCUUACUGACAUUGUAGUACUUGGUUAAUUUAAAAGGGUUCCACACAUACAGUAUGUAGAGGCUUUGGCAGCCUUAGGCAGAAGGGUGUUCUUUAUUGCGUUCAAGCAAUUGUGAGAGGUAUAUAAGGGUACAAGUGAAAAUACACCUACAAAAGUGCCGGUGAGAGACAUCAUAAAACUGAAAUGUGUCCCUGCAUGGCUCUGAAUUCAUGCUAAUACUCCAUGAUUCAGCUGUCCUUCAAUGAGUCUCAGAACAAUGCUACCUGGGGGUAAAUGCUAUACACUAUUGUGAUGUCCUCAUGUCCUGUUGUACUUUACAAUUUCCACUCUACUAGUUCAAACAAAUGCAUUGAAUUUCAGUUCUUUUUGUUAAAUCUUUUACACAAUGCUAACUUUGUAGAUAUCCCAGAAAAUCCCCAAUGAAAUAAAACUCAAUAAAAUGCUUUACUAAAAGAUUUA